AUGGCGGAAGAAGCGACUGGAGCACAGCGUUCGAGCAUGUUCCGGUUCAAGGGGAAGCCGCCUCCCUCGGAGCAGAGUGCAGCAGCUGUCGCAGGCUUCGUCACAUUGCUUUCGAAGCACUGCAAAACGAUGGCGGGGAGUCGAGGGCUUCCAGGCUGCGAAACCUUUCUCGCCGAAAUCGAUUGGCGGUCUGCUCUUGUCCAAGCUUCCGAGCAAGCUCUUGACGACAGAAGCGUCAAGUGGUUUCCUGAGUACGGCUGUGCCCUGCUGGCGGUCGGCAGCCCUUCUGUCAGGGGAGGACCGGUCGUGCGUCGACACUCGUCGAUCAUUGGCCUCGACAAAUGGGUUUUCGAGCCACACUGGCUGCACCCGCCCAGGUGA